AUGUCCACAUGGCAGGCAACACGCAACAACCGAGGAUUGACUGCACUGAACAGCAGAGGAUCUCUCACAUCCAUGCUAUUCCGGGAUGGCACUGUGCACUUUGCGCUAGUGGUCGGACUCAAUGCAACCAACAUUACAAGCACAUUACUGACGGAUGUGGGUGCAUUUGACACGACUUUCUAUCCUGACUUAGCGGCGUCUGUUCAGAAUUCAUUGGAUUUCUCCGGGCCUGUGGAGUACAUCAGUACUGUGGUUUUGUGCCGCUUUUUCCUCAAACUACGCCAUUUUUCCGGCACCCCCAACGUCAAUGGCAGCACUUUAUCCUCUCAUAAAACCUCGUUCUCGAGGUUCGCAUCGAGAAUCAUUGGUCAUUUGGGCGAGAUGCUUGAAGACGACCAUCAGGCUCUCGAAGUCAACCUGGAUCGCGAGCUAGAUGAACUCAGUGACGCGGAAGAAUUCGACUCAGAAGGCGAUCUCUAUGACAUACCUAACAAUCCUUCAGAUACCAACGUCGGUCGGGCUCGCCUAUCCACAAUGGUGGACGAAGUGCUGCCCAAGCGGUACACUCGUGACAGGAGCACCCCAGGGCAUAAUCUUUCUGAAACUUCCUCAGAAGACCAAGGAAUGGUGGACAUUGUCUAG